AUGGAGAAGGAAGUUGGUAAUACGAUGGCGUUCCUGGAUAUACUACCGGCGUUUUAUAACAUCCGCACUAUUGGGGAUAUAUAUUCAAGGCUGAAGGACAAAACACCGUUGGGCCAAGCUUCUGAGUUAGUAUAUAAAAUCCCGUGUUCCUGUGCAAAAUUAUAUGUGGGCCAGACUCGGCAAUACUUGUCCAAAAGACUACAUAAACAUAGAUAUAGUUGUGAGAAGUUUAGGAACAAGGGGGACCGUACUGCUCUGGCGAAUCAUCAUAUCUCAACAGAUCAUAACUUUGACUUUGACGGAGUGAAGAUUGUUGACAGAGAAGGAAACUGGCUCAAAUGA